AUGCCAUGCGGGUUGUCAUUCCUUCCCAAAAGAGCAAUGUCUGACUUCAAGUAUACCGACCAGCCGCUGUCAUACAAGCUGGCUAUGCAGGUAGGGGACCUCCUUCGACAAGCCCAGAUUCCUCACAUCCUAUGGGGCGAGAAAAUGUUCGAUCUACUCUUGCUUAAUAGCAACGUUGGGACCCUAGACUUCGUCAUUACAGAUCAUCAUAUGGACAACGCAAUUCACAUAUUGAGAGACGCCGAGUUUCAAGAUGAGGUAGAGACACUUCAGAACAAGAACUGUAGGUGGCUCAAAGACAAGCAAGAGAACAUUCGACCCCUCCAGCCCUGGCCAUCCCACUGGUUCCAUCUCGACCCCAAGCCAGCCUGUAAGGACACCUACUGCCAGGGUCACUGCGGCCGCUCAGUACGUCUGUACCUCAGAUGUCAUGCGGACCUCGUCCUACAUCGAAAGUCGGAUUGUCUCUGGUCAUUCCCUGAUUUUACCCUCGACGAUCCGGACUACAAUAAUCCCAACUAUAUGCUCGCUAACGACCGCCGGCUUCCGGAAAGUGAACCAGAGGAUCUGGGCCGGAUCUCUGCCCCCAAUUGUCGGCUCCAGAUCCUUACCCCCGCGUGCUACAUUGAAUCUAUCAUCACUCUCCGCGCGCGUGACUGGCUGGCCACUGAUCAGGGAGAGCAUUGGUAUAAGAUCUUGCUUCGUAUUUUCAAUACUCAUAAGAAUCGCCCAAUUCCUGGUAGAUGCGCUCUGCUUGGGCCUACACUCCUUCGCGAGCCGUUUCAGAAGUGGUGGAGUCUUUUUUUGAAGGACGUUCCGCCCUAUGAUCAUGACCUCGUUGUAGCACACCUUCGUGAGAUAGAAGCUGGUUUUGUAGAGUUGCGGGAAGCUUUGAUUACAGAUGGUGGUCUUCCUGAGACGCCGUUUAUCUGGGCUCUGAGAACGGUUUGA